GGGAAAUCAGUAUCGGAUUCACAAAGCGUUUCACUUGGGAACCUUCCAACCUACAAUGUUGGACACGGCGUCGUGAGUAAUAAAGUAAUGUCCUGCGAAAGUGAGAGGACAGCAUCGUCCAUUAUAUAAACGAAUGAUCGGUGAACACUGGCCAAAUGACAAUGGCACAUGUUGGGGCAGUAGUUGCAGUAAUGGCUGGUGUGAUGUCCAUUCUGCUUCAUUCUUCCAUACACAAGAUUGAGGAAGGACAUUUAGCUGUGUAUUACAGAGGAGGAGCUUUGUUGACAUCUCCUAAUGGCCCAGGCUACCAUAUAAUGCUGCCUUUCAUCACUUCAUAUAGAUCAGUGCAGACAACUUUGCAAACUGAUGAAAUAAAAAAUGUGCCUUGUGGAACCAGUGGGGGUGUUAUGAUCUAUUUUGACAGAAUUGAAGUGGUCAACAUGCUGGUUCCAUCAGCUGUGCUGGAGAUAGUGAAGAACUACACUGCAGACUAUGACAAGACGCUAAUCUUCAACAAAAUUCACCAUGAGUUAAACCAGUUCUGCAGUGUGCACACACUACAGGAAGUCUACAUAGAGCUGUUCGACAUAAUUGAUGAGAACUUAAAGACUGCACUGCAGAAGGACUUGAAUGCUAUGGCUCCUGGUCUCACUAUUCAGGCCGUGAGAGUCACCAAACCUAAAAUUCCAGAGUCAAUCAGAAGAAACUAUGAACUAAUGGAAGCAGAGAAGACAAGGCUGCUUAUCACCGUUCAGACGCAGAAAGUUGUAGAGAAAGAGGCUGAAACUGAGAGAAAGAAGGCCAUCAUAGAGGCCGAGAAAAUGGCUCAAGUGGCCGGGAUUCACUUCCAACAAAAAGUGAUGGAGAAGGAAACAGAGAAGAAGAUCUCUGAAAUUGAAGAUGCUGCUUUUCUGGCAAGAGAGAAGGCAAGAGCAGAUGCAGAAUAUUACACCGCUGCAAAAUUUGCUGAAGCCAACAGGCUGAAGCUUACACCAGAGUACCUGGAACUGAUGAAAUAUCAGGCCAUAGCCGCAAACAGCAAGAUCUACUUCGGUCAGGAAAUCCCAAACAUGUUUGUAGACAACAGUGCCUCCCGUCCAUCCGUGGGCCAGGGUGCGGCAGAUUUGAUGGAGCAGCUGGAGUCCUUGAGUAUGAAAGAGAGUCUUAAGAAAGCGUCCAAGCCUAAAGCCACAGAAGGCCACUGAGGGGCCUGAGAGCUGUCCACCCCCUCUUCCUCUGCAAUUUUUUCUCUCUCUCUUUCUCACUCUGGGGCAUGGGUGCUUAUGAGGCAUGCUGACAUGGAUGCUUUUCACUCUUCUACUGCAGUGGGGUUGGGUGCUUGGCUAGCUCUGCUGUGAGUCAGUAAGCUGAAGAGACUGUCACACAGAGCCUGUGGUUUUCCAGCAGUCAUUUGAAAACUAAAAAAUAAUGUCUAAGAACUGUGCUACUGAAUAUUGACAGGUUGAAUUAAAUAUAUAUAUAAAAAAAUCCCUCCAAUAUCCCUAACUCACAUCAGCAUGCUUUUUUCCCUUUUUUUGCUCUCAACUUUUGAUUUUUCUUUUACAAAUCAUGCUAAUUAUUUUUUAGAUGCAGAUGCAACUAGUAUGUGCAUUUUGAGGUUUACCUUUUUGUGUUGUCUUUAACAUAACUGGAAUUAUAAGGCAUCACACUAAUUGAGAUCAAAGGCAGUGGCUUUAUUAACUACAAUAUGAUGAGACUCAUUUUGUAGCCAACAUUUGUCAUCUUUUAUAUAUAUAUAUAAUAUAUAUUAGGGAUACUUAACUCUAAAAUUUAUAUUCUGUCACCCUUUGUUCACCCUCACAUCAUGCCAAACUUGUAAGAUCAUCUUAUGUGGAACGAGGAUAUUUAAAAAAUAAAAAUAAUAAGGUGUUUUUCUUUCUUCUUUUUUUGUCCAUACACUGAAUGUUGUUGAGGGCCAAUAGAGUACCUUACUUGGACCCCAUUGACUUUCUUUAAAUGGACAAAAAAAAGUUUUAAAAAAUCUUUCUUUUGUGUUCCUCAGAAUAAUAAGACAUAAAGUUCAACUGGUUUAGGAUGACGUGAGGAUGAGUAAAUAACAGAAUGUUAAUUUUUUUGGUGAUCUACCCCUUUAGAAAAGUCCUAAUUUUCAUUGUCACUAACUUGAUUAUAGUUCAAUUUUAAUUUAGUUCAGCCACAGCUGCAGAAAUCAGAAGCUUUUACAUGUAAAUGUAAGAUCAAUUUUGUUUUAAAAGUAUCCCUGCUUGAUUUUUGUUGAUCUUUAUGAAGACUUUUUCUACGAUCUUGAGAAUUAAAUAUCAUGUAACGUCAGAAAUAGUGGGUUUGGUAUAGUAUUGUGUAGCUUGUUAGUUUGUGGGUGCUCUGUGGAUGAUGUUGAAUGGUUGGUUUAUAGAAAAGGUGACACUGAUCAUGGGUUUCACAAAGUUUCAUAAGAUGUCAAUGUUUUGUUCCGGGGCUCCCGUCUUUGAAAAGCUAUGAGAUGAACAGCUGUUUGGUUAUAGUCGGUUCAUUUAUGACUGAAAAAUGCCUUUAUGCCUUUUGUUGAGCUUGCUCGUUUUGUCAUUACUGGAAGGAGUUUAUUUCAAAGGGAAUUCAGUUACAAUAAGGGCUGCAGUAUUAUUAGGCACUAUCAAAGAAAUUUAGCAUUAUGCUGGAUGAAUGCAUUAAUGAUCAGACAUUGUAAUAAUUUAAAUGGCAUUUUGGGAGCCAUGUGACAUUUUUCACUGGAGUUGCCCUGAAGCCUCAAACGCUUCAUAAGAAUUUCACCACUAGAGGAAGCCAGUGAUCUUCAGGAAUCUAAAGACUGGACAACAAAGAGUUAUAUUAAAAAAUGUGGCUAUGCUUCUCUUAAAAGUCUGCCUAAGUUGUUUUCAUAUGCCAAUAUUAACAAUUCAUUAAAUCAAACCAUCCAAACUAGGUUUUGAAUAGUGUCUACUAGUGCUAUCUCUCAGGAAAAGAGACGUGUGCUAACUUGAAUGACCAGCUUUUUUGGUAUCUUACAUUUAAACUCUGACCACUUCACAAACAGAUGUAGGGUCAUGUCUGUGUGAAUCUGUCACACAGCAAAUCGAUUUUCCAUCCUCUUCAUACUUAUCGAUUAAAGAGCCAAACAUUCAAGAUGUUUAGUUUGAACUUUCCUUCUUCAAACAGUGGCUUCUUCCAUUUUCCCCUUAAAUUGACUUUUCAUUCAAUGUUUUCCUUCAAGGUGUAAGAUUAAUUGUCUCAAAUGAUUUUUUCUGUCCAUAUGAUCCCUGUGAUUCUUAUGGUUGAUUAAAUGAGAGAGGACAGAACUUGACUGCCCUGGAAUAAAACCCACUCUGUGAAUAUCACUUUUUUUAUGUCGGCAUAAUUUAAGCUCCUAAUUUUAAAACCUUUAUAUGCAAAAUUUAUAAAAUUUUGACUGUUUAAUUAUGUGAAAUAAAACCUAUUUUGAUACCA